CUUAGCGCAGCUAGCUUGACGCAGCGGAGAACCAAACGGAGGCAGAGCGGAUCAAUUUGGAGCUACGACGGCUGAUCGGGAUUAUGCGGCGACACUGAUUGCUGCAUCGGCUGAACAUACUGUGUCCUCAUCGAGUCUAUCAGCUGUGACCUCGCCUCAGUCUCCAGGUUUUAGUCUGUCCCCAGCCUGUAUGCAGCCUGCCAAGGGCCCGGCCUAACUCCUGGUGCUCCUUCUCUCCCACCUCCUCCUCCCUCCUUUCCCUACCCUCCUCCCCCCUGCCCCCCUCCCUCCAUCCUCACCCCCCCCUGCCUGGUGUCAUACACAGACUCCCAGCAUUUAGCCCCGACCGGCGGCCUGGCUGGCUGCCCCCAUACAGGUGGAUGAAUGAAGACCCCAUUCAAGAGCCCAGCGGCCCCGCGGCCCCGAGCAGACGGGGGACAUUCUGGAGUUUCUGCAAAUAUGAUGAAGAAAAAGAACACACACAAGAAACAGAAAACCAGUGUUGGUCCCAGUAAGGCUCUGGCUCAGCCCAGGAGAAACAUAGUGGGCUGCAGGAUCCAGCACAUUUGGAAGGAGGGCAGUAAGUCGUCUCAGUGGAAGGGGACGGUCCUGGAUCAGGUUCCUGUCAACCCCUCGCUAUACCUGAUCAAAUACGACGGCUUCGACUGCAUCUACGGCCUGGAGCUGUACAGCGAUGAGCGGGUGGUGGGGCUGGAGGUCCUCCCUGACAGAGUGGCUCCGGCCCGCGUGAGCGACUCCAUGCUGGCGGAGACGAUGAUCGGGAAAGCGGUGGAGCACAUGUUUGAGACGGAGGACGGGCCGAAGGAGGAGUGGAGGGGGAUGGUGCUGGCUCGCGCUCCCAUCAUGACCGCCUGGUUCUACAUCACCUACGAGAAGGACCCGGUGCUCUACAUGUACCAGCUGCUGGACGACUACAAGGAGGGAGACCUGCGCAUCAUGCCCGACUCCAACGACAGUGUGACGACGGAGCGGGAGCCCGGCGAGGUGGUGGACAGUCUGGUGGGUAAGCAGGUGGAGUACGCCAAAGAGGACGGCGGGAAGCGGUCGGGGAUGGUCAUCCACCAGGUGGAGGCCAAGCCGUCCGUCUACUUCAUCAAGUUCGACGACGACUUCCACAUCUACGUCUACGACCUGGUCAAGACCUCUUAAGACCUGAAAACGUGGUCAGAUAAAGACUUACUGAGACCUGCCUAGACCCACUGAACCCCCCCUGCUCCCCCCCUCCCCCCUCUCGACGCCCAGUGAAGAAAAGUACAGCUUAAACGUCCUGACACUCCCUACGAUCUACAGAGACUCCUGAGACAGACGAUAACAUCCCUCGACUCUUUUUUUCAUGAUACGCCUUAAAAAGAAAAAUCCUGAUAAAUAAAAACGUUGAGACCAGCUACAGGUCUACAGAAGACCCCCCCCCUGAGGUGUGUUGACUCAUCAUCCAUCAUUCAUCAGUCAUGUCCGGACAUCUUCACCUGACACCUUUACCCUGAGAACGACCCUGAAGAAGACAAGCGAGCGAUUCAGGGUCAUUUGGAAUAAAAACUUAAACAUGUCCCCGAUGUAAACAAAAACUCUCCAAUAAAAUCUGGUUCAGUCUGAAAACUUGAGUCCUGCAACUUGAGACGUCCAGAGAGCUACGAGGUCACGAUCCUGACACCCCUCCGGACCAAACUUGACAGGUCUGAUACGAUUCUCUUCAGGGUCUAAGCUGCUCUGAAACCACCUGAGGAAACGCACAGACCUCCUCCCCCCUUUCCUGAGACCCUGUCAGACUGUCUGAGACCAUUACGUUUCCAGAGGAGGGGGGGCUGAACGGGUCUGCCACGUCUGCCGGGUUAAUGAAGGGAUGGGACUUCGGGACUACAGGGCCCCUUUAAGGCGUUCACAGAGGCUGUAAAUGGACACACGGGAGAAACUCUUGUCCAAUCAGAGAGCAUCUUCUUGACCCCGCCUUCUUAAAGUGGAAAAACCAGAGGACACAGACUCGUUUCUUUUUCCAUUCUUUAAUCAUUUGUCUUUUUUUUUUAUUUCGCUGUUGAUUCCUACAUUACCCAGAAGGACUUGGCGAUGAGCUGCUCGGCUGCAUCAGUUGUUCUGACGGGCGCCGUAGCGUCGUUAGCCGUCUCCAUGAAACCAGUCGGCUGCUCGCCGCACGUAGCGCUCAUGGUCGACUCCCAGGUUCAGUUUGAGCAGCGAAAGAUAAAAAUUACUGAGACAGGAUUUAAAUUCUUCUUUUCUGGUGACGGUUGAACAUGAAGGUUCGACUGAUGUGGGCGGAUUUAUUUUAUAUUUGUGCCAAAAGACGUUUGUUAAAAAAGUGUUUCAGAUCGUUGAGAACGAGGAUGAAAAUGCUUCGGAUGAGAAUGAGCUGCGGUCAAAGAAACGUCCAUAUUUAGUCAAAUCUUCUUCUUUGUGAGAUGAUUUGAUCGCUCUUCUUUAACCCUCUUAUUAAACUUUUAUAACCAGUGAGACUUUAAUUCAGAACAUUUCUUCCAUCAUUUCAACUACGGAAACAUCUUUGUUUUUUUUUAUUACAGCUCGUUUAUUCUCAUUUCAUAGUCUCCAAAUAUGGUUACUAACAUGUCCAAUAAUAAACAAUCACAUCUACAGAAGCCACAUUUUUUAUUGUUCCUCGUUUUCCCCGUGAUAACGAGUCGUUUCUUGACUUAUUUAUAUUAUUAUUAUAACAACAAUGGUUUUCCUGUGAUGAGUUAAUUUCUGGAGAUUUCUAGAAAAGAUUUAAAUGUACUCAUUAUCACAGCAAACAUAAUGAGUUAUGAAAUGUCCUUUUAGGGCUCCCAUACAUUUCUGAAUAGCACUUCAUUAAAGAGACCUUUAAAUCGUUUCAGACGCUAAUAGAUGUUUAAGAAGGGGGUUAAAAAAACGUACCUUACAGUGUGUCCUUACAGUGUGUCCUAACAGUGCGCGAUGUUAGCAUCAGCUUGAUUCUGCAAAUGACGCAGCGCGAAGCAGCAUCAUGUGGUGUGCCGUUUUAACCCCCGCGCCAUCAGUGUGUCCACCUUCAAAAUAAAAGCACCACAUGUGAAACUGUUUGCAAGGAGAAACUGGAUGGAAAUAUUUAACGGGUGCAGUGUGUGCAGCGCUCGCGUUCUGUUAGGACCCGUUGUGUUAAAGCAGAGACUGGAUCUCCAUUCUCAUCUGACCAUGUGAACAUUUCCUUGAGUAUCUGAAUUUUACUUCAUUGGCUUCUCUCAGACGGCUGCUGCAGUAUUAAUCCCUCAAAAACAAUCAGCUCAAAAGUUUAACAAAUCAGCAAACCGUCACGCCAGUAAACCUGAGUGAAAGUGAAACUGUAAACCUGCUCCUGAACGAGGCGACCUUGAGCUCUGUUCUCUGAUUGGUUAGACAUCUGUUGGGAGUUGAUACAAAGUUUUUUUUAAUAUAUUUUUUUAAUCUUUGCCCACUGCUGCUGUUCACUUCUGUUUUGAUAUCAAAGUUCUGCAUUGUUUCCUCUUUGUCUAUAUGUUUAUACCAGCUGGCACACAGAUCGCCUUGUUUUCCUUUUGUACGUUUUCUUUGGUUUCGUUCACCUCAUGUUGUUCUGUGGAUACUGUACAUAACCCAGGUAGCGUUCAGAAACGGUUUGUCGGUUUAAAAGUUCAAAUUUCAUCCAAAUUUCUUGAAGAUUGAAGUUCAACUCAAUUUGGUUUGUGAGUAGGAUGAUUCUUAUUCCCAAGCUGUUUGCCUGAUAACAAAUCUCUCCUUUCUUAUAUGGAAAUAUACGUUUUCACAGAGGAUUGGGGAUGCCUCCCUCUCCCUCUUUUUUUUGUUUACAGGGGAGGCUGGCACAUCCUCCCUCAUGCAUUUCCCCUCCAACACUCCUGUCCUCUUAGCAAAUGUAGCUGCAGCCACCACAGUAGGCGUAGGCAUCACUACCAGUGAUACAUUUGCAUACACAGCCAUGUUGCCUGACCCACAUCUCAUGUGCCUGAAUGGACUCAGAGACCUUUUACAAAAAGUGUGUGAAGAAGGUAAAAGUUUCCAAAAACAGAGGGUUCUCUUUUCUGGAUCCAGACUUUCUCAAAUCUAGAAAAUUCCUGGUGUUAGUUCUGUUGCAUUGGCUCCCUGGUGUUUGCUCCAUAACAUGUUGAUGUAUUGCAAAUCUGUUGUUUGAUAUUGUGAAACAUCCUCUCAAGUUUUUAAUCCAGAACAUAAAGAGGCUGGAAUGUGAACGUUUGUUUUGUGGAAAUGGUACAACAUGAUCGGAGCCUUCCCAGUUCUUACCAAAAGAAAUCAUCUUAAAGGAUGCACCACUCUAGAAGAUAGAAUCAGGGUCUAGAGACUUGAUUCACAGAGCUUUGCAUCCUCAUUUUGGAUCCCAGACAAUCUGAUACUACCUUAGAGGAAGAACAUUUGGUUGAAGAACAUCUUGUAGGGAUUGGUUAUUCUAGAGUUUGAGAAUCUAGCGUCAAAUCAGCUUGAUGACUGCUCUAGAAUCACUCUGAUUUCUGGGUUGAGUUCCCUUUUUAAACAGAAACAUCUUGCUGAAGGAGCAACUCGACAGCUGCACUAAUAAGACACUGCUUCGGGUUAUUCAGCACGAUUCUAGAGCACACACUAUCUGCUUUAUUUUGCUUUUCUAGAGUCUGGUUUGUUUACCUCAUUUGUCAUGGUCCAUGAUAAUAAUCACAGACUGGAACAUUUUAAAACAGACAUUUUAACUCUGAGUCCACACGUCCAGUUGAAAGGAACUCCCCUUUAUUGCACUGUUCAAGAACAUUUUACUCAUAUUUAAAUAACUUAUAAUGCUUCUAGACUCAUCAGACUUAUAUCGCACUCAUCACUGCUCUGGAAUCAGUUUCUGGAGUGGAUCCAAUCAAAAUUAUACGCUUAGUAUAUUUGCUGAAGAACAAAAACAUUUCCUUUCCUUGUAACACACAGCUUCAGAUUCUAGAUUCUAGAGGUUUCUAUAUAUUUUCAAACUAAGUCGGAGAGUUUUGAUCCAAGAAUUUUACCACAUUUCUGAUGGUCCUGUAUAAGAUUUUCUUAGGCCCCGUGUCCACCUAGCAUUUUUCUCUCAGAGCCAGCGUCUUUUUUCAGAUGUUUUAAAUGGGUAGAGAACGUUGGCAGCAGAAAGCGGCCGCCUGGAUGAAAAGCGCAGCGCCCAGCGUCUUUUUUCGUGCGGCCGCUCUGAGCGCUCUAGUUGAAAAUCUUUCAACUUUCAACUUUUCAGAAAGGCGUUGUUGACGUAACCAGCGCUUUUUUUGUCAGAGCACAAACACUCCCGAGCGCACAGCCAACGCUUUUCUGCCCGGAAAAAAAAACGCUAGGUGGACGCGGGGCCUAUAGACAUACUCAUCAAAUUUAAGAACUACAACAUUCUAGAAGACAUUCUAUAAUCUGAACCCCGCACCGGGCUGGGAACAGUACGCCUUCAUUGUAGAGUCAGUUCCAGAAAAGAACUCAAAUUCAAAGUAAUCGCCUUAAUUCUAGAAUCUAGCAUUCACACAUCUAUUUCAACUCUAGAAUCAAAUCAGUCAAAGAUGUGUGUGAGCUCUGAGUUCUGAUUCUAGAAUGUGGUUCUGGAGCAAUCCAACAUUCUAGAACACUCGCAUGGUCCCACCAGUUCUGAUUCUAGAAUCUGUCUGGUGGGGAAACAGUGUGCCAGAAUUGUCGAGUCAGUACUCUUAUUUAUAUCUGGCAUUAAAGUGCAUCCGGAUCAGCUCUAGAAUCAGGGUGAUUUUUCUGAAAUGUAUCCAAUACAAAUGCGUACGAGUCAUGAGCCGUCUGAAGAAACUUCUGAUUGUAUUCUGUGCGAGGGUUGGAUUGGAUCUGUUCGUUCUGAGUCUUGGUUGAACCACGUUCCUCUGUGCUUGAUAAGACGACAAAUAAAAUUCAUAAAUAAUAUAGAAUUCUAGAACUUGCAUCAUAAAAAUGUUCUAGAUUUUAAAAAAUACACAAGGAGAGCAGAACUGAGUCUAGAACACCUGUUUUCAUAUUGAAACCCAGAUUCGGAUUCUAAACGUAUCCAGAGCACCCUCAUUGACGAGUCAGUUCCAGAGAAAUACUCAUAUUUCAACGAAUUGUUCAGGUAUAAGAAUCUAGAAUCGUUUACAGAUUUAGAAUUUUCUGGAGCAUACUGAGUGUGAGCCAGAACAUGCAUCUUGCUUUAUUAAGAAUACACCGGUGUAAAUCUGAGGCGAGUAGAUCUUUCUAGAAGGAACAUUUUCAUCUCCAGGUCUCUGCGCCCUGAUUCUGGAAUUCAUUUUAUUUGGAUAAACACUUUAGAAAUCUUUACCACGACAUCUUUACCACGACAUCUCGACAGAACAAACACAUUUGCUGUUUAGUGGAGCUCGGUGUGACAAGCUGUUAAAAUCAUUGUGGUCACAGGAUAACAACACACAUUUCCAGACCUCUAUAGUUUCAGAUUAAAUCGUCCACAGGGAACAAUCUGGAGAGCAGAUUUUCAUGUUUCAGGAUCUAGAAGACUUUGUUCGCCCUCUUCCUCCGACCCUGGUUUCUUUUUGUUGUUUCUUUUACCUGUUGUUACUCCGGUCACCAAGGCAACUUGUUUAAAAAUCAGCUGGUGGCCAUCGAAAAACGUCACAAUUACAGGAGACCUGGUAGUCAUGGGAGCUUUACCCACAAUGCACCUGGCUCCAGGCUGAUUCAUGCUCGACUCCUGGGUGGUUAUUUGGGGGGGGGGGAUAAAAACCUGUGUCUGGGUGGAUCCUCAGCCUCCGUGAUGUGGACAUGAGUAGUCGUCUGUUCAGGAGCCGACACGCUGUUGGUAUUUUACAGAAAAACAUCGAUGUGUGUGUGUGUGUGAGAGAGAGAGAGAGAGAGUGUGUGUGUGUGUGUGCUGUCGAUCAGCCCCUGUUCAGAGCAGUGUUGUUUUUGCAUGCCUAUAUUCUAGCUCGGUGUAAAUCGAUGUGAGUUGCAUGUCUGUGUAGUUUUCAGUUGUUCGGCUGACUUCUGUCUGUUGUGGCUUCGGGUGCCUUUUGUUUUUUAUUUUCUGUUUUAUUUUUAAUUUUUCUUUCCCUGUUUUUUUUUGUACCGUGUGUCCCAGAGGCUGAUGUGUGUUUUUGGGGUUCUUGAGCAAAAAAAAAUAUAGAAAAAGAAAACAAAGAAAAUCUUCCUACCAACAGAUAUGCCAGCAGUUAUCGUGAUGACGGCUGUGUAACGUCUGUUUUUGGGCGGAUUGUCCCUUUAAAGAGUGCCAACUACAGAUGCCAGUGUUGUACAGCAGUGAAGAUCUCACACUAUUUACUAAAAUAAACCAUUUCUCUGUUUUUUCA